AGUGGCGCGUCGGAGGCUCCACCGCUGGUCAGGCGUGAUGUUGCACGUGGAGAUGUUGACGCUGGUGUUUCUGGUGCUCUGGAUGUGCGUGCUCAGCCAGGACCCAGGCUCCAAGGCCGUCGCCGACCGCUACGCCGUCUACUGGAACAGCAGCAACCCCAGAUUCCAGAGAGGUGAUUAUCACAUUGAUGUCUGUAUCAACGACUAUCUGGAUGUCUUCUGCCCCCACUAUGAGGACUCCGUCCCAGAAGAUAAGACGGAGCGUUACAUCCUCUACAUGGUGAACUUUGAUGGCUACAGUGCCUGCGACCACACUUCCAAAGGGUUCAAGAGAUGGGAAUGUAACCGGCCUCACUCUCCAAAUGGACCACUGAAGUUCUCUGAAAAAUUCCAGCUCUUCACUCCCUUUUCUCUAGGAUUUGAAUUCAGGCCAGGCCGGGAAUAUUUCUACAUCUCCUCUGCAAUCCCGGAUAAUGGAAGAAGGUCCUGUCUAAAACUCAGAGUCUUUGUGAGACCAACAAAUAGCUGUAUGAAAACUAUAGGUGUUCAUGAUCGUGUUUUCGAUGUUAACGACAAAGUAGAAAAUUCAUUAGAACCAGCAGAUGACACCGUACAUGAGUCAGCCGAGCCAUCCCGCGGCGAGAACGCGGCACAAACACCAAGGAUACCCAGCCGCCUUUUGGCAAUCCUACUGUUCCUCCUGGCGAUGCUUUUGACAUUAUAGCACAGUCCCCUCCCGUCACCUGUCACAGAAAACAUCAGGGUCUUGGAACACCAGAGAUCCACCUAACUGCUCAUCCUAAGAAGGGACUUGUUACUGGUUUUUGGCAGAUGUCAGAUUUUUGUUUUCUUUCUUUCAGCCUGAAUUCUAAGCAACAACUUGGAAGGGAGGGGGGCUAAACUAGUGACUGCCUCCCUUGUCCCAGUCCUUGCCUAUGACUUCUCUCACCCCUUCCAAAUUAAAUGGACUCCAGAUGAAAAUGCCAGAUUGUCAUAGUGACACCAGUGGUUCGUCAGCUCCUGUGCACUCUCCUCUAAGUGCUCGCCUCCGUUAGCACACCACGUCAGCGGUGUGUGCACAAUAAAGGAUGGUGGCAGAUGCAGGCGGUGAUGGCUAGGCCCGGGAGGGUUUUACUCUCCUGUACAAUAUUUAUGCCUUCUCAUUCAGGACUGUAAGAUGAUCGUGCAGGGCAUCAUGUCACCAUGUCAGGUCCAGAGGGGAGGUAUUAAGAACAGAGAUAAUAUUACACCAUUUCCUCUAGGAGUGUAUAAAUGAACAGGCUUCUAAAAGGUGGAGGCACUGGUUUUUUAAUAUGACCGUCUUAAAGCAUUCUUGACAGCAAAACUUGUGCUCCAUCAAAGAAGCCUUUUUUUUUUUUUUCAGGAGGCAGGUCUUGUGCAGAAAUGUGAGCACAGAGCAAGUGGGAAAAGAGGGAAAAAAAACUGUUCAGUGGGGGUGUAUAUGUGUGAGUGCCUCUAAUUUUUUGGUGACUGAGCAGUGUACACCAGAUUUUUUUUUUUUUCCCCUUUGAAUACAGAUCACCAUGGUGCUACAACUCUUUUUUCUUUUCUUUUUUUCUUUUAAGAAACUCAAAGAGGCAUUUUUAUGAAUAAAGUGACCUUCCCCAAGGCUGACAAGCCAGGGUUGAUGAGUACAUAGUGGAAUAGCUUUGGAUACUCCUCUGGAGACAAUACUUAGCAAGGAAAGGAUGUCAGUGACCAGAGGAGAUGUGAUUUGGCUUUGCUGGAGCGCCAGUGUGCUGUGGCCUUUCCCCACCUCCCACCCCAGAACCCACAUUUUGCUCCACACUCCACCACUGCAGGGGGCUUGGAUAGAUACCCCUUCUCCCCAGGAGAGUCAGCCAGCACUACUUGGGAGGGCUAAAGGGAAAUUUGGAAUAAAAAUUCCAACGUUUGGAAUAAAAAAAAUUCAAGUGUUGAUUUUAGAUUCUUUCCCUUUCUGACACAGCCUAAAGCUAGGGGAACAUGUGUUUAUCUGUGGGAGAUAAACAAGAUGGAGUCCCAAAGACUUUAACAAAAUAUUUUUUUAAAAAUCCACUAGAAUAGAAAAUACAUUAUUUAGAUAUACUUUAUGCUGAGAGUGAGUAUAUAUGCUUGUCCUAUUUAAACUUGUGAGAAAAAGUGGUAUCCCUUGAUACAUUUAGAAAUAAUGAGGGGCUAUCUUGUUUCAUUGUGGGGGUGGGGCAGAAGGAGAAUAAAUGCAGGAUGACCCUGUUUAAGGAAUGGCCAACAGGGGACGUUUCCGGUUGAUUACCAAGAAAUGCAAGCCUUGGGGUUUCUACUGGUGAGGCUGUCAUAAACUUUGAACUCCAAAGCCUAGACCGGGAAAAGCAUCAGACCAAUGGAAAAGCAAUCUAGCGUUUUUUUGCAGUUGCACGACAUGUCAAUAGAAACCAUGCCUUUCAAAACAAACAAAAAACGAAUGCGAUGAUCAUGUAAAAUGUGAAAAAUUGAAAGCAUUCCAGCAAAAUAAGGAUUUUUCUAUAUAUUUGUUUUUAUAAAUGUAUACGUAAAAAAAGGGGGUCAUAUCAUGGACAGACUUCAUGAAUAGGAAUUUGCUUAGAAUUGUGAGUAGUUCUGAAUUAGAAAAAUAUGUGAAGAGAAGGCAGCUGUAAACCUACUGCACCCUAGAGAGUUGUACACAUAUUGUAACAUAAUCUGGGUUUACCUGAUCUGAUAGGAGUGGACGUUACUGCUGAUUCUGGUCUCACUUGGAACCGAUGAGUGGGGUUGCCAGCCUCCCAGUUCUCCCAGACUGGGGAGCAUCUCUGGAAUGGUAGGGUCUUAUCACAGAAGGCAGCCACCAUUUUGUUGAAAAAAAAAGUUUUCACAGCAUUCAAUUCUUGUUCCUUUUAACUAUUUAUAUGCCCCGUACUAUCAGUAGUACCCAGCAAAUACUUCUUUUUAUUAAUAGUUACAGGCUCAUUGGACCAGUGGGAUUUGAGUAAGGAGGAAAAAGACUCCUAAAAUGGAUCAACAGUCAGAACCAAAAUAAUACUGCAUGUUCUAUAACUACAAGGAAAACAAAUGAUCCUGUGAUGAUUCCAGUUAGUUGUGACUACGUUAGCGGUGCUAAUUUAAUUUUAGAAAUGGUGACUUCUGUGCUUUUUUAGCAUUAGUCUCUAGCAAAUGAUGAAAUGAUUACUCAUGGCCCACUCUGCUAUUGUCUUUCAUUAGUUCACAAUGAAAUUUAGAUCUCUUUACUUCACCAUUGUGCCACUGCAAAUUAAGUAAAAAAAAACAAUAGCAAGACUACCCAUGCCAGUUGACAGUGCUUCUCUACCUAUAAGUGACAUGAUGUAGAUGACGCACUUGCCACUGAGUUU